AUCACCACAUUCUGCACUUCAGCAUUUCUCUGUAGACUUUCCACAGCACUGCUGGGGAGGGCACGCCUCGCUCACAGAGGAAACAAAAGACCGACUCCACAGAGAACUGUUCUCAUUUGAACUUAAUAUUUGAAUAAUAGCAGAGUUAAAUACACAAUGACAGAAGGAAAGGAUCUUGAAACGUGUGAGUCUCUUCAGGACAGCGAAUUUUGGAUAGCCUUUCCGACAGAGUAAGCUGGAGGGGAAUAUACUGGAGAGAGUGAAAAGGACCACAAAAAGCACAACUGAUACUCUCCAGCUCAGAGUGUGUGCACAAGUGUUUUUAAUGCACUUCAAUGCCUGGGACUGAGGAUCACAAAAGCCAUCAUGACACAAAACAUCUCCACCACGUCUGCCACAACCACCUUCGAGACUUCAAACAGCUCCCUCUUGAACUUCACCACAACCCCAGGAUCCUGUUUGGAUUACGAAGCUCUGCAGAUCCCGCUGGCGGUGCUCUACACUGUCAUCUUCGUCCUGGGUCUAGUUGGGAACCUGGUGGCUCUGUGGGUUUUCUUCUGUGUUCACUCGAAGAAGAACUCAGUGCGAGUGUUCCUCAUAAACAUAGCUUUUGCGGACCUGCUGCUGGUGGUGUGUCUGCCGUUCAGGAUACUCUAUCACAGCCAAGGGAACGAGUGGAAUCUGGCUCCCACUCUGUGUAAAGUUGUGGGCAACCUCUUCUACAUGAACAUGUACAUCAGUGUCACGCUGCUGGGGUUGAUCAGUGUGGAUCGCUACCUGAAGAUCCAUCGAGGUGCUGGGGUGCAGCACAGAUUGAGGUCCACGAGGUGGAGCACUGCCCUCUGCGCUAUCGUCUGGAUUGUGGCCUUCUCUUUGACUUUGGUGCUCCUGAUGUCAAAGAAUCACCCAGAGGGGAAGAGGUGUUUCCACUACAAGCCGCUCCACAAUGCAAAGUGGAAAGCCUACAUCAACAUCUUUUUGCUGGUUCUCUUCUGGCUCGUCUUCAUCUCUCUGGUGGUGUCUUAUGGAAAGAUUGCCCUCAAGCUUCUGAGGACAUCACAAGAGAAACCAGACCUGCCCAACGCGUCCCGCUACACACGAACCGCCAAGAAGUCCUUCUUCAUUCUCUUCCUCUUCACCAUUUGUUUUGUCCCCUAUCACAUGGUCAGGGUGUUUUACAUCAAAACCCAGAUUACAGAAACAUCGUGUUUCUCACAGAACGUGGCGGACAAAGCCAACGAGGUGGCUUUGCUGUUCUCAGCUCUCAACAGCUGCCUGGAUCCUGUUAUGUACUUCCUGUUGUCCUCUUCGGUGAGGAAGGAGGUGCUACGCUUGGUCGGCAGUAUGUUUUGUCUGCGAGAUGUUGGUGGAGUCAGCGGGAGCAGCUCCACGGCGGAGCUAGAUGGUAAGAACAUGAGGACUGACAGAGGACAGACAAACAUCAGCUUUACUAGCCAUCUGAAGGAGAAGACAUUUAUUGAAUCCAGCUAAGGGAUGUAGAGGAACUCUGAGACACUGAGCCUCCAUCUUUUACGAAGUAAACAUGAUGGGAGCUAAACUGGCGAGGGAACAGUAGCAGCGGCAAGGAGCGUGAGGUUAACUCAACAUGUACGGCCAUCUGUGCUGUUGCCUGAGUUGUCAAUGGAACUUAUCUUAAUGGAGUAUUCUGAACUAUACAUCUUGUCAUCUACAGUGAACAAAUGUAUAUAUAUAUAUACACAUAUAAAAGAAUUACCUGCUUACGUUUUCUACAAACCAGUCAAGUUGUGGUAACCGUUUACAUCCAUGUCUGUCCAGACUCAUAUGUAGCCAUGACAGUUGCAAAUGCUUCUAACAUGGAUGUGGCAGCAAAGAAGCAACAAAUUCUAAAACAUAGAUGCUUCACACAUCUUCAGCCCGGCAGCACAAAAGAUCUAUUCAUUCAUUGUGGUUUCAGGAUGGACAUUAAAGAUUAGUGUCACCAAUUCAGUAUCUGACCAAAUGUCUCCCCUUCUGUACCUAAAAUAUGACGUUAAAUGAUGGGUAGAAAUGUGUUAUUGCAGUGCAUUAUGAUGUCAUAUUGAAGUUGACCUUUUGGAUAUAAAAUGUCAUCACUUUAUCAUUUUUGUCCUAUUAAACAUUUAUGUUAAAUUUUGUCAAAAUUAGCUUAUGAAUUCUUGAGUUAUGGCCAAAAACAUGUUAUGUGGGGCCACAGUGACUUUUGAUCUUCGACCACCAAAUUCUGAUCAGUUCGUUCUUGAGUCCAAGUGGACGUUUGUGCCAAAUUUGAGGAAAUUCCCUCAAGGUCUCUUUGAGAUAUCACGUUCACAAAUGUGAGAUUGACACAAGGUCACAUUGACCUUUGAUAUUCAACCACCAAACUCUAAUCAGUUUAUGGUGAGUCUAAGAAAACAUUUGGUCCAAAUUUUCACAAGUUUUUCUCAAGGUGUCCUUAGAAUAUUGCAUUCAUGAGAAUCAGAGUGCGAAAUUUGAAGAAAUUCCCGCAAGUUGUUCUUGAGAUAUCAAGUACACAAGAAUGAGUUGCAUCAGGUCACAGUGACCUUAACCUUUGACCUAUGUUCACCAAAAUCUAACCAGUUCAUCGUUGAGUCCAAGUGGACAUUUGUGCCAAAUUUGAAGAAAGUCAUUCAAGGUGUUCUUGAGAUAUCACGUUCACGAGAAAGGGGCUAAUGAACAACCAAAAUACAUAAUGGCUCGUGUCGAGGCAUAAAAAAUGGUGGAGCACCGUCAGCCUCAUAGUUUGAUUAUCCUGUCUGAGCUCAGAAAGUGAGCUUGGCUGUGGCUCAGAAGGUAGAGCGGGUCAUCCACUAAUCAGGAGAUUGGUGGUUUGAUCCUCAGUUUGCAUGAUGAAGUGUCCCUGAGCAAGAUACUGAGCCCCACACUGCUCCCAAUGGCUGUUUCAUCAGUGUGUGAGUGUGUUAAAGAAAGUAGCAGGUGGCAGGUGUGUGAAUGGGUGAAUGUGACGUUGAAGACUGGAGAGCCACUAUACAAGUGCAGGUCCAUUUCCCAUUCACAAAAUUUCUGACAUUAGGUAUAUGAACUUACUGAUGGUGUCAUUUUACAAAAACCUGCCGUGUUAAUACUGUGUCAUACUGCCUAACCACUUCCCUUUAGUUGAAGUAACAACCCUCUAAAAUGCAACAUGGUGAGAUCAGAGUUGGUGGAUAACUGUUGUGUUGUGUUGCCACCUGUUGUGUACAGGUGGAGACAUUAAAGGGAUGAAGGCAGAGCUGCAUUUUGUACUGCAGCCAAAUUUACACAGUUUCAAUAUGGCCUCAUGUAUUAGUGGCUAUGAAGGCAAGGCUGCAGAACAUUUGGGGCUUUUGUGUACUGUAUAUGUAUUUAUUGGUUAUUUGAUUCCACUGAUCUUGCAGAGACAGACUUUUCAAUCAUGUAUUAAAGCAAAUGUAACAUCUGCUAUUGAUGGGUUUGGAGUUAUCUAACACAACAAGGGUGUAGUGUCUACAAGUAGGGUUGUAGGGCAAUAGCAAUUAAACGUUUGUU